AUGGAUUUUGACGAGUACGACUACUUGGAGAAGACGGUGGAGGACCCCGAGCUGCCGAAGAAGGAGCCGCCGCCAUCCAACGGGGCUCGCUCAGACGGGGGCGAGAAGGGCAGGAGUUCGAAGGGGCGGCCGGGCGAGGAUGAACGUGACGCCAAGCGGCCAUCCAGUCGGGCGAGAGGAGAGGAUGAGGGUGCUGCGCGGGGCCGCGACAGGAGUCAGGGUAGGAGCGCCUCCCGUCAGCGUUCUCCCACCGAGCAUGCGUCGGGGGGGAACCACGAGAGGCCUGAAAAGGACAGGCAUAGGAGUGGGGGGGAGCAUAGGGACAGGGACAGGGACGAGAGGAGCGGGAAAGGCAGGGAAGCGGACAAAGACCGAGGGAGAGAUAUGGAGAGGAACCGAGAGAGGAUACGGGAACGGAAUCGGGAGACAGAGUCGGAGAGGGAUAGGGAACGUGACAUGUCACGGCGCAGCAGGAGUCACCCUGGAAGACAGCGUGACGAGGAGCGUGAUAGGCCCAAGGAAAGGGAGUUCAGAGAACGGGAGAGGGCACCGAGAGUUCAGGAGAUGAGGGAUAGGGAGCCGGCUGGCAGGUAAAACUUGCAUAACUCUUUGCUGACGAAUCUUCUUUUAUGUUGACCUUGGUAGCCCAUGUGUUUGACUUUCAGUUUCUCAUGGGAAUUGUGAAGCAGGAAUAAUCAAUGCUGACGUGCGCUCUAAUGUGAUAUUUGAAUUGCCUCCUGCGUAGACGAUAAAAAUCCGAAUGUGGUUUAUUUAGUUUCAGUUUUAUAAUACUGCAUAUGCAGCUUGGUUUUAAUGGUUUUCAGAUGGAGAUGUAUCGAUACUUCGUUUCGAUAUCCCAUGAUAUUGAUAUAAAGUAAUUAUGUUGGGCGGCUGUUUUUUUGUGUAUCUAUAUACUUGGAAUAAUGUUGUCUUCUAUCCUUUAUUGUUGAUAUGUAAUCGUCCUAUAAUUGAUUGGUGCUUUCAGCCAUUGCUUUGACAAGCUUUUGCUCUCACGCAGGCGUUAUAAAGAGAAGAAAGAAGAUGGUACAGAGCCUGAAGCCGACCCAGAGAGGGAUCAGAGAACUGUAUUUGCCUACCAGGUUUAAUGAUGAACUCUUACUGGACGUCGUGUGUUUUAUUCGCGUUUUUAUUGUGCUAGGUUCAUGUUCUAAUCACGCCUUCAUGAUUGCUGACUUUGUCCAUUGCUGUUUUUGGCAGAUUCAUCUAAAAGCUGACGAAAGAGAUGUUUAUGAAUUUUUCUCUAGGGCUGGAAAGGUGAGCUCUGCAAUACUUUUACUCAACCAUUCAAGAUGAGCUAUUUUCUUGAGUCUUAUACUUUUGUGGAUAAAUGUGGUUUAUUUCCUCUCUUCUCUGGUUGAUAUUAUUGGCGCAUAGCUUCUUCAAUUUCAUGCAAAACGGCGAAAACCAGAGAAAGAAAAAUAGUCAAUUACCAGACGAACAUGACCCAUAGAUCUCAUGUUCUGAUGGCACUCGAUCAUGUAUUUUAAGUUAUCUUUGUUGCCUAUAUGGCUAAUGCAUCGAGCCCACUGAAAAUGGGAAUGCUUUGUGAUUUUCCGCAUUGCAUAGUACGCAGUCUGGUUGAUCAUCCCUGGUUCUCAUGACCUACGAUGAUCAACUCAUUAUAUAAUUCUAACAUUCAGUAACUGAUGCAAAAUGAAAACUGGCCAUGCUGCUAGAUUUUGUAUUCGGGCAUCACAGUCACUACUAUUUAAUAACUAUGACACUCUCAUGCCAUAAGGAUUUGGUCCCGCUAAGCUUGCUACUGUGGCAUGACAAUUCCUCCCCACAUGCACUCGAACGCUGCCAAGUGCAUGGCACUGGGGAUUUUUCUUUUGGGCACCUCUCUUGUCAUCAUCAAGACAUGCAAGAUGCUGAAAAAGAUAUUGAGUUUUCAAUGGUCAGUGAUGCCGUUGGCCACAUUUGGACCCUCUGUAUUUUCGUGUCCAGUGAAGUUUCCAGCAAUUAUACAUUCCUGGUACCGUUAGAGCUAUCAGCAAGGUGGCCGCCUGCAUCUUCCAGCUUCCAAGUUCUAAAUGGGGCUGGUUUGUCGAGUAUGAUGGCCCCAACGUGCUGCAAACUCUCAAAUGUGUGUAAGUUUUCUGGACUUUGCGGGGCCGUUCCAAAACAGAGCUGAUCUGGCACAUACUACUGGCUCGUUAGCGACUCAUUUAAAGCACAGUCUAGAUCAGUAAAGCCACUUCAUAUCGUGACACUAUUAUGCCUUGAUUCUGCCCAUCUUUGGGCUCGCUGAACGCCAGUUAGCCAAUUUUCUCCUCCUGUGUGCUGCACCUCGCUGCCAUAAGUUUUACCCUAAUGAAGUGUUCCCAAUUACGAACGAAAUUUCGAAACUUUGAGGAGAAUUGAGGAUGCUACAUAAUCUCUCUGAAAUCUGAGAAUUCGAUAUAUUUUCUUUCCUAGCUAUCAGUCUUGAUGAAUGUCCCCACCGAUCCUUUGAAUUUUCCUUUUUUUACAGUGAUGGGGGAUACAUAUUAAUCAAAGCUUGAGUCUGUGGAAACGGGUUGGAUUCAUUUCUACUUAAUACUGCCCCAUUCUCAACUUGACGCUCACAGUUCUAACUGGCAGAUUGCAUGAAAAGGAAGGUUGGCCUGGUGGACUGAGGUUCACAAUGGUUAUGAUCAAGAACCUUGGUGCCUGCACAAAUCUUAGAAUAGCAGCAUACUGUGGGCCAUGUGCCAUGUGCCAUGUGCCAUGCCACUUUGGGUAUUGAUCCGUCCCUGAUCGUACAGAAAUGAAGCAGUCACACAUUGUUGUGCAGAUUGUAAACUUGAGGCAAGUGUGUCUGCGCAGAUUUCCUGUGCACAUUGUUAGGACGUUGUGCAUUCAGUGCAUACUCGGCGAGUGAAGCAUUCAUGCAUGGUAAAUUCGUAAUGGAUGAGCGUGGGAGAUUGUUCAAGGGCCAAAGGUGUUAAAAAGUUUAUGCGCCAAUCCUUUUUGAUUGACCCUUCUCUCCAUAGCCUUUUGUGAACCUAGUUUCUUGAUAGCCUUUUGUGAACCUAGUUUCACGUGAAUACAUCCCCUUUAGGUCACCUGUGCUUGGUGUCGGAGUAGUAAGCGUGCAAAUGCUAUCAUCAGGAAAACCCUCAGGUACGAGGUUGGCCCUGUGAUACGCAACCUCUGGCAAGUCUUUUGCUUCUCUCUGUUGCAAACAACUCAUCCGCUUCUACUUCCUGUCAGAUUGUUCAAGACUCUUCAUGCCUGUAUUCCCUCCAGAAUCAACGACUUUACCGUGAGGUAUAUCUUGAUGUGUUCAGUGACAGUGUAGAUAAUUGUAAUUAAAACUGAACUAUUUCUUUUCGAGGUUUAGAAGAAUUAUCUUGAAAUUUUAUAAAAUAACAGAUGCUAAAAUAUGCUGAUUUUGGAGGGUAUAUUCUUUUGCGGUUUGGUUCCAGUUACUGUGAGAUCUAUUGUUUGUGUCUAUUUUUUAUGAUCUAGUAUUUUUACACUUCACGACAUUUUAUACAGAGAUUAUUACGAAUUUUAUCUUUUGAUUUACAUAGUAUAGUAUUGAAAAUAUAGAUAUCCAGGAUGGCAGAAUAAAAUGUAAGCCUUCCCCGUGGAUUACAUAAUCGAUGUGACAGCAUUGUAUUUUAACUGUGUCAUGGCUUAAAUCUCUGCUCUCUGUCCAAUGCUGGUCACUCAGUACAAAUUAGGCAAUGGGUACAGACCAGAGCUAGUGAUGUAGUAACCCAUAUUUUUGGCUGUUUUAGAAAUAUGAAUUCUACUCUGUAUCUGAAGCUCGUUUUGCUAGGUGCGAAUUUUUGUGUCUAUAUGGAAAAAAAAUUCUGGGUGAGAUGUAUACUUGUUUGUGUCUUUUUCAACCACGUAUACUAUCAUAAUGUUAGACUUGAAACGUAGUUCUGACGGAUGUUCCAUUUGCCAAGUAUGAAGGAACUAGAUAUGUGCAAAAGGAGGGUGAUAAUGCUGAGGAGAAUGGUUUGGAGGUAAAAUUAUUGAAAUUGAGAACGUGGAUUUAGAGAUCACAUCUGUAGGACAGGGGGAACCUGAUUACUUGCACUAGGUAUGAUUGAUAGUUCAGGGUCCUGGCGAGGUAGGUGGGAGACACGAAAAGUAAUGGUCUUCGGGGAAGAAGGUGCGACCCAAGAAAAUCUAGCCAGAAGUGACCACAUUUGAUUUAGAAAGUUCUAGGUUGAUAGAAGUAGCUGACGGAGUCCAUGGGCGAAUUGAAUCGUAUGUAAUCCAAGCAUUGCAUAAAAAUGGCAUUGUAUUUAUUUAUCGUGUGGUGUUUGCUAAUGAUUCAUUACUAUGGUAAUGGACUUGUUUUUUGAUUGUUGGUUUUACUUUGUCUUUUGUUGUACUCUUCUGGGAUUAAACGUAUUCAUCUUAUUUUUGGUUCAGCAUUUUCUGUUUCUGACAUGUUUAUUCUUAUGUCAGAUAUCUUCUCGUGAAUGACCUGCUUUUUGGGAUUUAGACCUAAUGUCCCCCUUUCCCUGCUCACUUUGUAGGUGCUGCUGCAGUUUGGAAAAAAAUGAGCUUUGACUAGAGGUUGAUAGCCAGUCGAUAUUCGUUUUAUAUCACUGGGGAUCUUUAGGAUUCAUAUCAACCCCCAGAUUUCUGGGAUGAGGCUUUUAAUUUAUAGAUUAUCUAUUCGCCUUCUCUGUGCAUAACUGGUCCUUUUUUGGAGAGAUAUACUUCUUGGUCUCCAAUUUCAUUUUUUUCUUCUUUUUAAAUUUUCUGCUGAUGUUUAGUGUCUUAAUAGUUGACAAAAUCUUGUGCAAUAGUUUUUCUCUUGCCUGCUCGUUUUACUUGGGAACUGUUUUUUCCCUUCUAGAAGUGGGUUUGUAACGCUGGUUUUCUGGCUCACUGAAACUCUAUGAAACCAAAAACGGCCGCUUUUGUGAUGUUCUUUAGAAUUUGUAUGUUCGAUCUUCGUUUUUAUUGUGGAUCGUGUUGAAGAAGGCGAGCCGUGAUUCUCAUAUGCCUAGAUGUGUUCAAUCGUUUAUGAAGAUUGGGAGUUUAUAUACGGUGAAUUUAAUGGUGCACUUAAAACGUGACAGGCAAUCAUAUAGGCUGCCUCUCAUCGUGCUAGUAUAUCUAUAGAGUUUCUAUGUGACGGAACAACAUUGUUGUAAGUUGAAACAUUCAAAAAAAAGCUUACGAUUUUUGCCCAGUCAUCCUAAUGAUGGUCGGUCAUAUUUUCUAUUUCUAGGUGCGCGAUGUCCGCCUCAUUAUGGAUCGCAACUCAAGACGCUCAAAGGGAGUUGGGUAUAGUUUCUUUCUCUGUUUACCUUGUUUCUGGACGUCAUUUUGUUUUCUAUUUGACGUGUGAACAAAAUUAUUAAUGCCUCUAAAAAACCAUCAGUUAUCUAAACGAUCCUAUAGUUCUUUUUUAUAGAUGAUUGUGUUUACUUAAUUGUUUUAUUUGCUGUGAAUUUCCAGUCCACUGGAUACAGCUGUUUCCCGCUGCCCAUUCAUCUUUCAGUAUUGACUGUUUUUUAUUGAAUUAAUUGGUCACCUACAACGCACUGCUUUUUAGCAUUCUGAAUAUUUUCAUUAUAUAUUUUACUUUUUCUUUGUAGUUUCCUCUGAAGGAUUCUGGUCUUCUAGAUUGACUACAAAUAGAUCUUUUUAUCACUUUCAGCUACAUCGAAUUUUAUGAUGUGAUGUCAGUUCCAAUGGCAAUUGCAUUGAGUGGCCAGCUGCUUUUUGGUCAGCCUGUUAUGGUGAAACCUUCAGAGGCGGAGAAGAAUCUCGUUCAGUCAAACACAGCUGCAGCUUCCUCUGGUGGAGCCCGUAGAUUGUAUGUUGGCAAUCUUCACCUAAGCAUGACUGAAGAGCAACUUCGACAGGUGAUAUUCAGUAGUAGACGUUCACUUCCUAUUGUACAACUGUCCUGCAUGUUUGUCUUCUAAACUUUUACUUAAGAAAUAGGCAGCUGAUUUUUAUUAUUUUUGGUUAGAGGCUUUCUAUUGACAUUUUACUUAUUUAUGUUUGUCUAGGUGUUUGAGCCAUUUGGUCAGGUGGAGUUGGUGCAGUUGCCUCUUGACCCAGAGACACUAAAAUGCAAGGGCUAUGGCUUUAUACAAGUGGGUAUAUCUUAUUAAAUUAAUUUCAUUUAUAUCGGCUUUAUCCUGUGUUGAUUGUUUGAUUCCUGCAGUUUGCGCGCCUUGAAGAUGCCAAAGCUGCACAGAACCUGAAUGGGCAACUGGAAAUUGCCGGCAGAGUUAUCAAGGUAUCUGUGCUUAAGAUCAUGAAUAAGCUCUCCCUAUAUUCACCACAAGAAGAUAAUCCUACUUGAUGAUUUCCUAACCCUUUGGAUUUUAGGUUUCUGCCGUUUCUGACCAACCUGGUGUGCAAGAUAAUGGGGCAAAUACUGGCGAUUUCGAUGAUGAUGGAGAUUUGGUUUGUCUGACUCUGCUCUGCACUUUUCUAUUUAUAAGCCACUGGAUUGGUUCUGUUGGGUUGGCGGCAUUUAGGACCCUUAACAUUUGAUGCAUUUUAGAGAUGAUGCAAUCUGGAAACUGGUCGCAUGAACUCAUGAAUUACAAACGAUAACCAGCUCUUGCAUAUGCUUGUUCGGCUGAAAAAUGAGUAGAUUUUGUAUCCUCUUAGUAAUUCACGAAUGAAAGUGCAUUUCUGAAAACUAGGCGUCUUUGUGGAAAACCAGUGAAGAGACUCUUUUUACGGUGUUCGUGAGAAGAAAUAGCAUCUUUUAAGCUGGAAAAUAUUUUGAAUUUAAACAUUGGGGAAUGGGACAUGCUAAACUCUUAUGUUAUUAGUCAGACCGUCUUUGGCUCUAUUCCUCGUCUAUGGUAUGGGCGUAUAUCUGUUGAAAACGUUCAAGUUUGAUCUAGAUGGAUUUUAUUCUGACGUUCUCUGCUUUUUUCUUUUUUUUUUUGAAGGCCCUGAAUGCUUGUUCUAGAGCACUUCUUAUGCAGAAGCUGGACCGCAGCGGCAUGACAACAAGGUUGCUAUUCUCUCGAGAUCUGAUUUUCCUUGCAUUCUUCAAGUUCCAACGAAUCUCGUGUUCUUCUUGUUCUCUGGGUCCCUUGCCCACGGUCAGUUCUUCUUCUACAUGUCAACUUCUCUUUUUCUCCCCAGUGCUGGUAGUUCGCUCAUCCCAUCGGGUGCCAAUGGGGUUGCGCUUGGUGCACCGCCAACAUCAAUUCUGGGGAUCCCGUCAGGGAUAGCCUCUCUGGUGCAACCUUCACUGGUCGGACUACCACUCCCAGGCUCUGGUCUACCCGUUAUGCCCGCGGCAGUACAACAGGCUGAUCCAAUCGGGGUCCCUAGUGAAUGUCUGAUGCUGAAGAACAUGUUUGACCCAAGCCUUGAGGUUCGCCACAUUAUCUAUUUAUUUUCACUUCAUAAUGUUGUUAUUCUAAAAAAAAUGAAAAAUUGGACAGACCGAGCCGGAUUUCGAUUUGGACAUCAAGGAAGAUGUCCAGGAGGAAUGUUCAAAGUUUGGCCCUUUGAAGCACAUCUUUGUGGAUAAGUAAGUGCUCAUUUCUUCAUGAAACUCCUGGUACCGGUAGUGUUGUGCCGCUAUCAGCGUUCUGGUGGAAACAGAUCUCUCAUCAUGCUUUUUACUCUCUCUCUCUCUCUCUCGCUCUUUAAGCAUAUUAAUUGUCUCACUUUCUGUCUUCGUUUGAAUAUUCUGCUGACAGAUUCAUCUGUUGAAGAUGUUCAAGUUUGACCCUUCAAACCUCGUUUCAUCCUCUUCUGCAGGAACAGCGCAGGCUAUGUGUACUUGCGUUUUGAGAGCGCCACCGCUGCUAUCAGCGCGCAGCGUGCUCUCCAUGGCAGGUGGUUCGCGGGGAAGAUGAUAACAGCAACUUUUAUGGUGAUCGCCCCUCGUCUAAUUCAUCCUCACCUCUUUCUCUCUCUCUCUCUCGCUCUCUCUCUCUCUCUCUCUCUCUCUCUCUCUCUCUCUCUCUCUCUCUUUUGAGUAUUUUUAUUUAUUUAUGUAAACAAUCUUCCUUGUUUCUAACCAGUCUUGGUACGACGAUCCUCAUUGCAUGCAGCUUCCGCCAACCUACCUGGCGAAAUUCCCCGAUAGUGGUUAA